AACGUGGAUGGGGUAGGAAGAGGAGCAUACUUUGUUCCGGGAAACAGCAAUAUGUAACCUUUUGGUCGCUCCUCCCUAUUGAAUCAUUUAUUGUUUACUUUGCUUUUUUACGUUAAUUCGUAAACAUGAUGCCCUUUUACUCUUUGUAUGUUACAGAGAUAGAUACUGGGUUCAGAAGCUUAAUCACUUAUUCACAAUGUCAUAUAAAUUUGGCAUUGAGAUUGAGACCAUUAUCAAGUUAAAGCCUUCUACUCACAUUGAUUUAAUCGACGUCCCGACAACAGCAAGGGACAAAGACCACAAUCGUGCAGCAGUACACAGGUUUGUUGCUGAAAGGCUAGGAGAGGAGUCCCUCGGUGUAAUCACUUCCCACCGAGAAUCUGAUGGCAAGCACUGGUUCAUCAUAUAUGAUGAAUCAGUCAACGAGGCAGAUGAAAACAUGUAUGCGACAGAGAUCGUAUCCCCCGCAUUUCCUCUCAAUAGCAAUUGGCAAAAAGAACUUUCCUUGGUCUUUCAAAUACUUGACACUUACUUUACAACAGUAAAGGAUGCAUCAUGUGGGACACAUGUCCAUAUCAGCCGGGCCGAUAGUGACUUCUCCAUUGUGAACACGAAGCCGAUCCUGAAAGCUUGCAUAUACUUCCAAGAAGCAAUUGAGAAAUGCCUACCGGUGUACCGCCGGAAUGCAAACUGGUGCUGUCCGAAUGUCGAGAUGAGCGAGGAGUUGACAGAGUUAUAUCCUCGAGAGAGUGGCCAAAGCUUCAAAAGGAUAUUUGAUCGAGUAGACGCUACUACAACGAUGGAAGACAUUGUUUCCCUAUUCUCCCCCAGCAGGCAUGCCACCUGGAAUCUAAGGAACAUUCUGUAUCAGAGGGGCACCAUCGAGUUCAGGGCCCCUCCGCAAGUGUUGACAGCACGUAGCACCAUCCAUUGGAUUGCCUUCGCAGUGGCCUUUCUGGAGCUCUCAACGACAUGCUCAUUCUCUCGCAAGGAACAGGCGUCGGAGCCAGGAACUCUACUAGAGCUCCGCGCUGGCAUUAUGCCGGCUUUAAAUUCGCUGGGCCUAUCGUCCGCGAUAAGCUCACUUCUCGUUUCUGAGGAUGAUCCGCGCAUGGAUGAUUAUGACGCCAUCGAGAUAUUGGCCAAGAAGAGGCAGAAAAAAGAGCAAAGAGGCCUCAUCCAAGCACUUGCAAGCAAACCAUGACCGGUUCUCAAAUUUAUUCGGUAUCAUGUACCAGAGAACUCAGAGAAUAUUACAUAGGAAAUGCUCAAUGGUGAGAAUUGAGAGGGAUAUAAUGCUAAUACUGCUCUUCGGAGAAUUUUAUCGCGCAGGGUCAAAUUCGAUAGGUGUU